ACAGCCGCGAGCUGGACGCCGAGCUGGACGAGGAAGCGGGGCCGGAGUCCCCCCGCGACAACUUCACCGAGGACUCCGGAGAGUGCUCUUCCUACGCUGACCACCCCAUCAAGGUGGAGUGCCCGUCCUUCGCCAUCCCCGUGCCGCCGGGCGAUGGCUUUAAAGAAGUCAAUGCUCCAACUAUUACCCCACCUCUCAGUCAGCCCAAAAGAUCAAAAAAGCGCCAUACAAAUUUAACAUUGGAUAAAAUGAUGGAAAAAUUCUUGCAGCAGAGCAUGGAUACAGAUGAGAAAUUUUACAGAUUUGAAGAGCAGAGGCUCAAAAUUGAGGACAAGCGUCGGGAAGCUGAGCAUGCUCGAGAACUCCAGAUGUUACAGAUGUUGGGACAGAUGUUGGCAGGAAUUUCUUCUACAGUAUCACAAAGGUCACAGUCUAUACCAACAAGUCCACCUCGGAGAGCGAACCAUCGUUCAUAUGCGGAUAACUUUAAUUAUAAUGCUAUGACAGCAACACUUUCUCCACCGAUAGUUAUAGAGAGAUCUUUUUCACUGCACAGAACACACUCUCUAAAGGAUAUGGAGAAUAUUUUUCAACUGGUGCGCAACGUUAUCCCUCCUCUAACAGGGAAAAAGCAUAAAGGUCAAGAUGGUCGUAUAGGCAUUGUUGGAGGAUGUCGAGAGUACACUGGAGCACCGUAUUUUGCUGCAAUUACAGCUCUCAAAGUGGGUGCAGAUUUAUCCCAUGUGUUUUGUACCAAAGAUGCAGCAACAGUAAUCAAAUCAUAUAGUCCAGAGCUGAUUGUUCAUCCAGUUCUUGAUAGUCCCAAUGCUGUCCAUGAGGUGGAAAAGUGGUUACCACGACUGCACUCAGUUGUCAUAGGACCUGGCUUAGGUAGAGAUGAAGUUCUACUUGAGAACGCUAAGGGUAUUAUAGAGAAAUCGAAAGUGAAAGGAAUUCCUAUCAUUAUUGAUGCAGAUGGACUGUGGCUCAUUUCCCAGCAGCCUUCUCUUAUUCAAGGCUACCAGCGAGCUAUUCUUACUCCAAACUAUAUGGAGUUCAGUAGGCUGUAUGAAGCCAUGCUUAGAGACCCCGUAGACAGUAGUGAUCAUCAUGGAUGUGUAUUAAGACUCAGCCAAGCCAUGGGGAACCUGACAGUUGUUCAAAAGGGAGAAAGAGAUCUUAUUUCAGAUGGAGAGAAAGUACUCGUAUGCAGUCAUGAAGGAAGCAGCCGGAGAUGUGGUGGACAGGGGGACCUUCUUUCUGGUUCUCUUGGAGUCUUAGCACACUGGGCAUUUGUUGCUGGAGCUGAAAAAACAAAUGGUCAAAAUCCCUUUCUAGUGGCUGCAUUUGGAGCUUGCUCUCUUACGAGGCAGUCUAACCACCAAGCCUUUCAAAAAUUCGGACGUUCAAUGACAGCCUCUGACAUGGUUUCAGAAGUUGGAACAGCUUUCAGCAAACUUUACGAAACCUGAAGCCAAAGCAGCAGAGAAGAAGAAAAGGAAGAACAAUGACUGCAAGAGUAAUUACAUGUACCGUAGAAUUUACAUAAGUAAUGCACCCUUUCAAGUGCUGUAGCAACAUUGGUAUGUUAGGUAGAUCUUUUUUAUUUUUAAGAAUAGAAAAAUAUGAUUAAUGUAGAUAUUUUUUAAGAGUUUGGAAUACAAAAAUGUUUUGGCUGAAAUAAGCUGUAGUUGCAGAUCUGUUAUAAUAUAAUAAAACUAAACUGAAAGUAUUCCUCUGUUCUUUUUGAUAGUUAUUGAGCAAUAACUAAAGUGUGAACAGCAAAAAAAAUGCACUUGAUAUUUAGAUAAAAUUCUUCCACCAGCUCAACUGAAUUUCUUGGACUGCACCAAGGUUAUCAUGUUGUCAUUCUUAGAACCUCUGUCUAGAAUUAGCUAUUGCACUUCAGUUUUUUGCCAUGCUAGUAUAUUAAGAAGCAAAAAAUAAGCCUCUUUGGAAAGGGAGUGCAUGAGAGUUGCUGUAGAUUUUGAAUGUAAUUAGUUGCCUUUUCCCAUUCCCGGUCCCAGAGGCAGCAUUCAUUUGGACAAGGCACCCCUUCCUGCAAUGUCUUAUUUUGUUGUUUUUUAAAAGGUCCCCCCGUGGCAGAAUAGGAUAUACUGUAGGUAUCUCAGCAGCAAAAUUCAUUAAACGGUAAUUAGGCUUACCUGAAAAAAAAAUUAAAAUUCUGUUUCUUUAUCUAGUCUUGACUCAUCUGGAACUCAAUGUGAUAAAUUUGUGAAAUUAUCAUUUGGAGAGGUACUAGGUGGGGCAAGAAACUCAGUGAUACCAAACAGAACUGUCAGACUCUCAGUGAUCAUGGAAGAGUAAAGUGCUUUUAAAACUCCCGUUGCCUGCUGGGUUAGAGCUCAGAGAAGACCAGCACACAGAUCCAUAGGUGGAUAGUAAUUAGCCAGCAGGAAUAAGAGUUGAAGGCAGCCCACAGCAUGUACCUGUACUGUUGUAGCAGUGUGCAGGCAGCUGUAUGCUGCAGGUUAAAGGCAGGAACAGAAAAUGGUGGUUGGUGUCUGAGCUUCAAGUGCAGUACUUAGUACUUGGUACUUUUACUUUUUUAGAGCACAGAGGCUUUUUGUCUGAUCUUUGUGAGACAGGACACUGUUAGGGCCACACUGAUCUGGCACGUUGGCAGGGCAGGUAAGCGUUAGGUAUAAAGAGGAACUCGUGUGGGAUUUUUGCACACUACGAUUUGUUAAAUUUUUGGAGAUUCAGUCAAAGCUCGUAGGGACUAAACCAGUAUGGAGAGGGGGACAAGUUCAUGCCAAGAACACUUAAGUGGGUACUGCCCUUGAGCCUCCAAUCCAGCUCCAGGUGUUUAUGCUCAUUAAAGCACAGAACAAGCACAUAACGUGUCUGGUUAUUGCAAUAGAUGUUACCUGUUCACCACAACCACUCCUGUGCAGGGCUCCAGCUCUAGGUUGGCAUGUGGUGUCCCACAGACCAGUCAGACUGUGUUCUCAUACCUUCAAUAGCUGCCUGCAGAAAGCACCUGGAAUCAGAAAAGCUGCUCCAAGUAUUUCCUUUCAGCCCUUAGAGUUGAUAUUUCUGGAUGCACUGUGACUACUACCUCACCCCGAUGCAUUUUUGUUUUUCUUUCUAAACCAGUUACCUAUUUUUAAGAUAGGUUUUUAAAUGUUUGCUCAUGUUGGUCUAUGAGGGUUCACAGACUACUCUUAAGAGAUGAGGUUUUAGUGUUUAAUUUAAGCAGUUUUGUAAACUGUCUGCAUCUUUGGGGAAACUUAAGCUACUGUUAUUUUUCCCCCUAAAUCUAUUUGAGAAGCCUGACUACUUUUAAAUUAAAUCAGCAAGUUAAAACUGAUUUUAAAACAGCUACUGGCUUUUUUUUUUUUUUGUAUUUAGAACAUCAGUGGUACUAUAAUCUAAAUGGCAUUUGUAGGCGAAGUCAAUCAAUUAACAGAGCUCAGUACAGAUUUCAACCUGCCGUGUUGGUUUUAAAUCUACACAGAAGUUGUAACUGUUACUCACUAAUGUAUACAAAUUGGUACCUUUUUUAAACAUUCUGGAAAUGUAGCAGUUUCUUUGGGUAGGAAAUAAAAAUAAUAGCAAAUUGA